AUGGCAACAACACAGCCGUCUCCACAGAAAAGGGCAGCCCCUAAGGGCCGGGUUCUGGCCCCAAAGAAGAAGAAGGAGGCCCCUGCAAUAUCCCCGGAGGAGACCGUCAUCAUACAGUUCGUCAGUGCUGAUGGAGUUGGUACGGGAUCUGAGCUCAGUCUGGCACUAAAUACGGACAGAAGCGAGUUGCAGUCGCUCCUGAAGGAGUUGCUGCUUUCUGACGUUGGCCAGGGCGCUAAGGAUGAGGACCUGCGAGAUGAGAUACAGGACACUGAUUAUUCCUUUGUGUUGAACGAUAGCACACAGGAAGUGUCCUCGACACUAUAUGCUGCAUGGACGGCACUCGAGAGUCAGCCUUCUGCUGAGCAGACCCUGAGAGUUCG